AUGUCGAACAAGCGUGUCCGAGGACUGGCAAUCCAUCGGCCCAUCCUGUACGGCUCGACGUCGACGCCGCUCACACCUGCAGAGAAGCUAGCUGCCCCACCGGAUCACACUCACAAAUGGACCGUUGCCGUUCGCAGUGCAGCUUCCCUUCCUCUUCCCUCGCUCUCGGCCAUCUCUGGCGCACCGAACGGUAGCACUUUCGAACAAGGCUCAGAGAUCGGCGCAGUCAAUGCAGCAGGCGGCACGACGACACCCUCGACCAUAGCAGCAGCUGCAGCAGGUUCGUCUGCUACCAUCUCCACGCGCGGACGCGAUCAGGAACAUGACUAUCACAAGAUGGUCGGAAACAAGGAUGACAUUUCCCAUUUCAUCAAACGGGUCCAGUUCAAGCUGCACGAUACGUAUGCUUCGCCGACGCGCAACGUCGAUAAGUUCCCGUUCCAUGUGACCGAGACAGGAUGGGGAGAGUUUGAGAUCCAGAUCAAGAUCUUCUUUGUUCCCGAAGCCAACGAAAAGCCACUCACUCUUUUCCAUCAUCUCAAGCUGCAUCCUUGGCUGCAGAGCGUAGCGGCUGUCGAAGCCGAAGCGCCAGCAACUUCCAUUCCUGCACCGCUUCCUCCCUCCGACGCGCCCGCUCCUUCCGACACUCCGCAUGCACCUGGUGGCAACGGCGAACAAGGUGGAGAAGCUUCCACAUCGGCCGAUACGACCAAGCAGGAAAUGGAGACAGUUAGCAUGGAGGUGGACGACUCAACCACUACCGCGCAAGCCGAAGCAGUAACGAGUACGGAUGUUUCUGCAGACCCUUUAUCGGCCGCAAAGAAUCCCUCAUCGUCAUCAUCAUCAGCAGCAGCAGCAGCAGCAGCACCGGCAGAGCCACCGAAACCAGCACUGCCUCCCGUAGUCCACUCCUGGCAGUACGAUGAGAUCGUAUUUCCCGAGCCCAUGGAGUCUUUCUACGACAUCCUGUCCACGCAUCCACCCACGCCCCUCCCCGUCGUCUCAGCACUAGCUUUUGCCGAUCCUGCAGCCUACCGCUCCUACCUCUACGCCAAAGCAGAUGCAGCCAAGGGCAACUCCACCGCUGCACCACCCAUCCCGCCGCAUCCGCUGCACACCCCCACGGGUUAUCUCUUCGAUGCACUCUCGCUCGAGGCGCAAAACGCUGAGUCGGAUCGUCUCGACAUGGCGCGCAUCGCCGCCAUCCGCGAACUUGAAAAGGGCCGCGAGCAGCUCAUCAAGGCGGAAAAGGCGCUCAAGGACGCUCGGCUUCGCAUCGCCCGUCUGAACAAUGCCGCUCUGGCUUCGGGAGGCUCGUCUUCCGCAACACCGGCAGCACCAGGGGCUACCGUUCCAUCAGCAUCGUAA